AUGAUGCUUUUUCUGUUAAAGACAUUCCUCACACUUCUCGCCCUCCUUGCGACCUGCGUCCUCCUUCCCCAGCUCCCCUUGGGGGUUCUCCGCUUCGUGCUCCGUGGUGUCGGAUGGGUCAUUCAGAAGAGAACACGGUCUCGCAGGGAGUUUCUGAUCUCGAGAGUUCGAGCAGAUGAGGAGGAACAGCUGGUAAAGCAAUCCAAGUCGUCUCCGAGGGGAGAGGAUGAGGACUGGGAGAAGGUUGAUAGCUCGAGUUCCAGCUCGGGGACAGCUGGCCCCAGUAAGAAAGGCGGGAAUAGCGGCAAGAAAGGUUCAGAAGCUGCAGACUGGGAGGGCAUUGUCGGUUUCUUUCACCCCUUCUGUAACGCUGGCGGAGGAGGAGAACGUGUUCUUUGGGAAGCUGUAAGAGCAACGCAACGGCGAUGGCCGAAGGCAAUCUGCGCUAUAUAUACUGGUGACCACGAGGUCAACAAGACGGCCAUGCUGGAGAGAGUAGAGAACCGCUUCAAUAUUCAACUUCAUGCGCCCACUGUUGUUCUGCUCUAUUUGACUACACGUAAAUAUGUUCUGAGCAGCAUGUAUCCGUACAUGACGCUUCUGGGACAGUCUCUCGGGUCUCUGGUGGUAGCCUAUGACGCCUUCAACCUGCUCGUUCCGGAUGUGUUCAUCGACACCAUGGGCUACGCAUUCACCCUUGCAUUCUGCAAGAUGCUUUUCCCCUCUGUCCCUACAGGUGCAUACGUCCACUAUCCUACCAUCUCGACCGACAUGCUUCAAUCCCUGGAUGACAGCACUGGCCUAAAAGGGGUCAAUGCGGGUGCGGGCAAGGGGUUCAAGGGCCAGGUCAAGCGCAAGUACUGGCUGGCAUUUGCCCGUCUCUACGGUUGGGUUGGAGGUCAUGUUGACGUUGUCAUGUGUAACUCUUCCUGGACAUCGGCCCAUAUCCGGACCAUCUGGGGCCCCGCACGGACACGCAGGACUUUCAAAGAGCCCAUUGUCAUCUUUCCACCCACGGCAGUGUCAGAGAUCGAGUCGACCAUCACAGUCGACGAGGACUCAGAGCGCAGCCGGGAACCCAUCAUCCUUUAUAUCGCUCAAUUCCGGCCCGAGAAAAACCACCCGCUGGUCCUGCGCUCGUUCGCCCGCUUCCUCAGCGAGCGGAAGAAGAACCCCACGUCGGCCUCCCUCCCCCAGCCCAAACUGGUCCUCAUCGGUUCCGUCCGUCAAUCCAGCCCCGACGAAACGCACAUCUAUAACCUCCGCCUGCUGGCCCAUGAGCUCCGCAUCCGCGACCACACCACCUUCAUCUGCGACGCGAGCUGGCCGACCAUCCUGUCGCAUCUGCGGUCCGCCUCAGUCGGUGUUAACGCCAUGUGGAACGAGCACUUUGGCAUAUGCGUCGUCGAGUACCAGGCCGCAGGUCUGAUCAGCGUCGUCCACGACUCCGGCGGCCCGCGCGAGGACAUUGUCAUCGACCUCGGCGACGGGGCGACAGGCUUCCGCGCCUCCACCGAGGACGAAUUUGCUGCCGCGUUCGAGGCCGCCCUGGCCCUGCCGGCGGAGGAGAAAGUCGCGAUGCGCCAGCGCGCCCGCAAGUCCGCUCUGCGGUUCACCGAGGAGGAGUUCUCUCAGAAAUGGAUCGAAGAGGUUGGGAAGUUGGUCGAGAUGCGCCGCCGAUGA